AUGCUGAGUGAUGACUUCACAAUAUCUCAGCUGGCGAUUCCUUCCGUCAGCUUGUUGAUCAGUUUCCUCGCCUACACCUCCCAAUAUUUCUUUCUCCACUUCGAGUCGGCGCCCCUCCGAAAGGAUGAAGUGUGGAAGAUCAACAUAUUUGCAUUAUGCAUUUGGAUCUGCUAUUUCCGUGCAUGCUAUGUAGAUCCCGGGCGUCUUCCUCUGAGCUCAAAAUCGAUCACUCCUGGCGAGGCCGACAAAGAUACCACGACGGGCCGGCCACGGUGGUGUCGAAGAUGCGAAGCUUACAAACCCCCUCGAGCUCACCAUUGUAAGACAUGCAAGAGGUCUGCUUCUCCACAAUGUGAAAUAUCUGAACUGAGACUGACUUUAUUCAGAUGCAUCCCGAAAAUGGAUCAUCAUUGUCCCUGGACUUCCAACUGUGUCUCGCAUUUUACCUUCCCCCACUUCAUUCGCUUCCUGUUCUAUGCGGUGGUUGGAAUGGGUUAUCUCGAAACCCUUCUUUGGGAGCGAGGAUCCAUUGUCUGGAAAAGUAGGGAUCUUCCCAGUUACCUCGGUCCGUCCAUUGGACAGCUGAUUCAUCUCUUUCUCCUCAUCGUCGUGAAUAGCAUGACAGUUUUUGCUCUAUUCAUUCUCCUCGUGCGAAGCCUUUGGUCUCUUGUCUUCAAUACCACCACUAUCGAGUCAUGGGAGAUUGAAAGACACGAAACUCUUGUUCGCCGCGCUCGGGUCCUGGGCGGCUAUCUAGAAGCACCCGGUGGAAAGAAAAUUCCAAUCAGAAAACAAGAAUUCCCUUACGAUAUCGGGAUCUGGUCAAAUGUCAAAAAUGGAAUGGGUGGAAGCGCUAACAUUAUCAGCUGGUUUUGGCCAUUGGCAGCCACGCCCAAUCGAAAGACCGGGUGGGAAUUUGAAAUUAAUGACUUUGAAGAUCCGGGUCUAUCAUGGCCCCCGCCCGACCCAGAUCGCAUUCCACUACCAGCUGGCCCCUUGCCAGGAGAUGGCCCUGAGUUACUGAAGACGUACUCAUCGGCCCGAGAGGAGAUUGAAGCAUUCCGCCGUCGCCAAGCAGAAGAUCUCAGCCGCACCAGACCCUUUUCUGAAAUCCAAAGACGCAAGCGGUUCCAUGAGCGGUACCAACAAGAGGAUAGUCGAGACAGCGAUGACGAGCGCGGGCCAGGGCCUGUAUAUGGCGACCAGUCGGAUGAAGGCGAGGAGUCUUGGCGAAAUGCCGAGGGCGAACGCCUGCGAGACUUUGGCGUUGAUGAGGACGCUGAGUUCUACGACGAGGAUGAUGUUCCUUUGGGGGUUCUCAUAAAGCAGCGUAACAAGGGCCAAUGA